CAGACGACGUGAGGCAGGGAGGGACGGGGCAAGAUCCUGGAUGUUCCUUGAGCAAACAACUGGCGGUGGAGUUUGUGUCCAGCCAAAUCAGUGACUUCAGCUGGAGGCCCUGGACCACACUGCAACUUUCAAGUAAACAACCAAACAAGGACUUUGUGUAUGUGGCAGACAUUGAUGAUGACAAAGGGAAAGAUAGACCACCUGAUGAGCUUACAGGAGGCGAACAAUGUGAUUCUUCACCCGGCCAUUAGCCUGUGUCAGCAGCUGUUUUAUAAUUAACAGGGUUCGCUUUUAAGCCCAGCGAUUGUGCGAAUUCACGGGAGAGCGGUCUGCAGCGUUGUCUGGCUGUGGACACAAACGGGGAUGGAUAGCGAGGACCCGCAGGCCAACGAAGGAGGAGGUAAAGAGGGGAAAGAGGGUGAUGGGGAGAAAGAUAAACAACUCAAGAACCGGCUCAACAGUGAGGAAAAAGGAGAGCAGGAGAACAAAGGGACGGAGAAGGAGAAGAAGAAAGAGAUGCGGCGUAUGGGCUCUUUCUGGAGGAGUGGGUGGGCUCUGAGUGAAAGACUGGCCAUCAAUGUGUCAGGAAUGCGCUAUGAAACUCAGCUUCGCACCUUAGCCCAGUUCCCUGACUCGCUGCUUGGUGAUCCCAGGCGGAGGUCGCGAUACUUUGACCCGCUUCGAAAUGAGCUUUUCCUGGACCGUAACCGAGCCUGUUUUGACGCCAUCCUUUACUUUUACCAGUCAGGAGGGAGGCUCCGCAGGCCUGCAAACAUACCCUUAGACAUCUUCAUGGAUGAGCUCAUAUUCUACGAGCUCGGAGAGGACGUCAUGAACCGCUUCAAGGAAGAUGAAGGUUUUCCAAAAGAGGAGGAGAGGCCACUGCCGUCCAACGAGGUCCAGCGGAAACUGUGGAUGCUGUUUGAGCAUCCUGAGUCCUCGUCAGGUGCACGCAUCAUUGCCAUCAUCAGCGUCAUGGUGAUCGUGGUAUCCAUUCUCAUCUUCUGCCUAGAGACACUCCCUGACCUCAAGAUGGACAAAGAGGUGUACCAUUCCCAUGCAAAGAAUGGAUCUGAGAGCGUAUACCCCUCAUCGAGUGUUUUCCAGGACCCCUUCUUCAUGGUGGAGACCAUGUGUAUAUGCUGGUUCUCCUUUGAGCUCAUCAUGCGAUUCUCUUCCGCGCCCAGCAAGACACACUUUUUCAAGGAUGUCAUGAACAUAAUUGAUUUCAGCGCCAUCUUACCUUAUUUUGUCACCCUGGGAACAGAGCUGGCCAAAGACGAUGAGACCUCUCCAACCACAUCCUUGGCAAUCAUCAGAGUCAUCCGGCUGGUGAGGGUCUUCAGGAUCUUCAAACUGUCUCGACACUCCAAAGGCCUGCAGAUCCUUGGUCAGACACUAAAGGCCAGCAUGCGUGAGCUCGGCCUGCUCAUCUUUUUUUUGUUUAUCGGGGUCAUACUUUUCUCCAGUGCUGUCUACUUUGCCGAAGCUGACCACAGUAAAACUGACUUUGUUAGUAUUCCACAUGGCUUCUGGUGGGCAGUCGUCACCAUGACCACAGUGGGGUAUGGUGACAUGUAUCCCGCCACAGUGUGGGGGAAAUUGGUUGGCUCUAUGUGUGCCAUUGCUGGUGUUCUAACCAUCUCACUGCCUGUACCGGUCAUAGUGUCCAACUUCAGCUACUUCUACCAUCGAGAGAAUGAAUGUGAGGAUCGAAGCGAGUAUACUCAUAUCCAGACAAGUCUGUGGGAGGACGAGGAGCCUGAAGGGGAGGACGCAGAGGAAGAAGAUGGGGAUCAAGAUGCAGAAUAUUAUGCUACUGAAGGGAUUUGCAACCCUCUGAAUGGAACUUUGCUGGGUGGACUGUGUACAGGUCAGACUGUGGAGUACAGAGGAGGGAGUUCGUAUCUGAGAGAGCAGCUGGUUACUCAAGUAUAGAGGGGAUGAGAAUGUUUUGCACCAUUUGAUAAACACAGAAAGGAAUAACUGUUCAAGGAAAAGCGAAUAAGAAGCAGAAUGACUAACAAGUGCAAUGAUGUUCAAUGGUCUUGAGGUCCUGGAGAAAGUCACUACAAAGCUACAAACUUGCAAUUAGUACAAUCAAUUUAACACCAAUAUAGAGUACCUUCUAACAACCUUUUCAUCGCCAGCCUUUCCCUCUUCCUGCUUAUUGACAGCCUGGCCAGCAAUCCUGAUUCCUUAUCUGAUUUAAAGAACACAUCUGGUUUCUCUGGAUUCGGUGCCAAGGGAUGCAGAAGAGGCUGUUUUGGUUGUUGGCUCUUGGAUACUUCUGUAUGAAACAUCCCAGUAAGCCCACUAACACCCCGUUAGGAUUGGUUUGGUACGGUUUAUACCGGUGAAAACGACUGUGAAGGGAAGAGGUACUAAAAACAUUUCCAGAGAGAGAACCUUUAUGAAGUGACUGGGUACGGCUGGCCAGGUUAGCUCACUGACGCGUGUCAGUUAAAUAUCAGUGAAAAGCUACUUUUCAAUAAUACUUUACUCUACAAAGCAACAGUUUUCCAUUUUUCCUCAGGGUAAUUAUGUAAAAAUAACAUGAGCUCUUAUUUAUGAAUGCUGCUACCUUGAGAUGAAAAUAACUUUUUGAAAGCCCUUGCCUUGAAACUAUGAUGUCUUAGUUAUUCUUGCCUUAACGUUUGAAGUGGAAGCAGAUGAUUGGCAGUAUACAUGCCAAAAGAACUCAGUCAAGCACUGGAAGAGCCAUUUCUGGAUGGAUAUAGACUAAGAUUCCUCCUAAACCAGCCCCUCAUUCUCAACAUCGUUCUGUAAACAAUGCACAUUGUAUAACUCUGGAUUAUCAGGUUGCUUGGCUGUAGUUUUUCUCAAUCUUACCAAUUCUGCUUUGGCAAAAAGUAUUGGGUUCAUCUGCAUAAUUAUACCCACUGUGUUUUAAUAAAGGUUUAAUUUUAUUAAUUUUCUUAAAAUAUUUGUAUGAUCUAUUUAUUAUUAUGUAAUAAAGA